CGUUCGCAGAAACUCGUCCCCAACUUCCAAGGGCGACAUCUCACGCUGGCUCUUUCCUUUGGACAACGAUCCAUUGCUGUUUUGCUCACACGCCAUCAUAUGUACAUAUGUAGCAAGAUCUACCCCAAUACCGCACUCUUCGCUUACUUCGAACAAUGUACACAGCUGCAGCCGCAUCGCCCUACGCCAUUAUCCCGCUGGGCGCUCUCUUCCCGUCCACAUCAACCGCAGACUCGGCCCCGCCAACUGGCGCUCCACCGCCGUCGUUACCGCUCCAGCCCAUCUCCUCCCUCCCGCCGUCUGACAACAAUGGCAACGACACCCAAGACGGUUCUGGCCUGGCCUACAUAUCCGUCUCCAGGGGCCAGGCACAGCUGUAUGUCUCUGUCUUUGAGGACGUGGUGAAUGCAAAGGAAUCGAAGCAGUUCAUUGUGUCCGGGAGCGGCGUUGUGCCAAACUGUGUUCUACUCAACGGAGCUGCGAUCUUGGACAAAACCCUCCUGCAGCUCAGCGCCCUCAAAGCACUGCUAGCUCAGUCGUCGUCCUCGAUGCGCACGCGCACACUAUACUCUGAGGUCAUAUUCAAUCUCUCACCAACAAACAACAUCUCUGAUGCGCUGCGCUCGUUUGGGAUCUCAGAUACCGCUCCGACAUCCUUGAUUGCGGUGACAAUCGGUGAUGCUGGGGUGCCUGGUGUGGAUGAGGAGCAAGCAGAAGUGCAUCGAAAGCUGGAGGAGCUGAUCAAGGGACGCAGGACUGGAAUUGAGAGGAUUGGCCAAUUGGUGGACCUAGAUGUCGUGACCAAGAUCUAUAAGACCGGUGCGAACGGCAGCAAUGGCAAUGUUAAAGGGAAAAAGGGUUCCGCGCUAGCAGCACCACCAUCACACGCAGAUGACUUGCUUGCCAUUGUCAUAGGAACCAUGGCGCUGAAGGGGUAUACCAACUGAGAAGGGAUUCGACUGAUCUGGUC